UUAAGAAGAAGCCAAAAUAAGGAAAAUUCUUAGUUCAUUUAAAGCCCUUUCAUUUACCCUUUUUACCAUAGAGGGUAAAAAAAUUAAAGUACAAAAUCUUGGGCUAUAUAAAGAGUGGAAAGUGAAGCAAUUAAAAUCCAAGAUUUUGGGUUGGUCAUCUGUUAAUAUAUAUCCAAGUUAUUGAACUUGGAAAGUUUUAAGAAAGAUGAUGAAAAGGUUGGAAGGGGAGGAGUUGCAGAGAUCACAAGUGAAUGGCGGUGGUGGCGGCGGUGAUGAUGAGAAAUGGGUGGCUGAUUCUUCAGUUGAUUAUAAAGGGAGAGUUCCUCUUAGAGCUUCUACUGGUGCUUGGAAAGCCUCUCUCUUCAUCAUUGCGAUGGAGUUCGGUGAGAGGCUGAGUUAUUUUGGGAUCGCAACAAGUUUGAUUAUUUACCUAACAAAAGUGCUUCAUGAAGACCUAAAGACCGCGGCGAGGAGCGUUAAUUAUUGGACCGGCGUCACCACUUUGAUGCCUCUCCUCGGCGGCUUCCUCGCCGAUGCCUACUUCGGCCGCUACGCCACCGUUCUCUUCUCUUCCGUUCUCUACGUUUUGGGUUUAAUUCUCUUGACCAUGUCUGCGUUGGUUCCAAGUUUCAAACCAUGUGACAGUAAUGAUCAUGUGUGUCUACAACCAAGAAAGACCCACCAGAUCGUCUUCUUCCUUGCCAUUUAUUUAAUCUCUAUAGGAACUGGUGGCCACAAGCCAUCUCUUGAGAGUUUUGGAGCCGACCAAUUCGACGAUGACCACUCUAAAGAACGAAAGAAAAAAAUGUCUUACUUUAAUUGGUGGAACUUCGGUCUCUGUUCUGGUCUCUUGCUUGGCGUAACCAUCAUUGUUUACAUCCAGGAUCAUGUUAGCUGGGGAGCAGCAUAUGUAACUCUCAUGACAAUGAUGGUUAUUUCUGUCUUUAUUUUUAUCGCCGGUCGACCAUUUUAUCGUUAUCGACAACCAUCUGGAAGUCCAUUGACACCAUUGUUGCAAGUUCUGGUCGCAGCCAUUUGCAAGAGAAAACUUCCACACCCUUCCAAUCCUUCUUUGUUGCAUGAAUUUCCCAAGACGACAAAUAACGCACAUGGGAGGUUCUUGUGCCAUACCCAAAAACUCAAAUUUCUAGACAAGGCGGCGGUAUACGAAGAGAACAACGGAGGUCCGGCGGAGAAGCAAAGUCCAUGGCGGCUAGCGACGGUGACGAAGGUGGAAGAAAUGAAGCUAAUAUUGAAUAUGAUACCUAUUUGGUUAUCAACUCUGCCUUUCGGAGUCACCAUUGCCCAAACUUCCACUUUCUUCAUAAAGCAAGCCUCUAAUAUGAACAGGAAGAUCGGAGACGGCGGCUUGAUUCUCCCGCCGACCACCAUUUUCUGCCUGGCUGCAAUAGGAAUGAUCGUCUCUAUCACCAUUUAUGAUAAAGUUUUGGUGCCCAUGCUCCGACGAACCACCGGCAACGAGAGAGGCAUAAAUAUCCUUCAGAGAAUUGGGAUUGGAAUGCUCUUUGUUAUUGCUACAAUGAUCAUUGCAGCCUUGGUUGAGCAUAAAAGACUCCAGGUGGUGGCCGAAAAUCCCAAGACAGGAUCUCUAACAAUGUCAGUAUUUUGGUUAGCUCCACAAUUUCUGAUCAUCGGAUUCGGCGACGGCUUCACCAUCGUUGGCCUCCAAGAAUACUUCUACGAUCAAGUUCCUGAUUCUAUGCGGAGCCUCGGCAUCGCAUUUUACCUCAGCGUAAUAGGCGCCGGAAGUUUUCUCAGCAGCUUUCUCAUCACUGUGGUGGACAAAAUUACAGGCCGGUCAGGUCAUACCAGCUGGUUCGGCAAGAAUCUGAACACCAGCCGCCUGGACAAGUUCUAUUGGCUCUUGGCCGCCGUCUCGGCCGCGAAUCUGUGCGUCUAUGUCCUCAUUGCUCGCCGCUAUUCAUACAAGAACGUGCAGCGGCGCGUGGCUGUCGCUGAUUGUUACGAAGAUGAAAAAGGACGUGAGAAUGGAGACUCUGUGGUUUAGUUAUACUGAUUGAAGGAAAACUAAUGGAGGUUUAAGUUUUUGGUUUUCAGGGGGAUAAUGGUGGUUAUGUAUUUUAACAGAAAAAAACAGAAAGAAAAGAACUUUGCUGAUCUAAAUAUGUGUAGCCAUUUUUGUUAGUAAUAAUGAGAGUCCAUUAUCACAUCUAUGUAUGUUUGAUUUUGAAUAUAUAUUGUGUUUUCAUCCUUUCAAAA